CUGAGGUGUGAGGUCCUCGGCCAUCUUCUUCGUCAGGAAUCGAAACCCCGCCAUUCGGACCUCGGAGGUCAUAUUCAGCCGAGGAUCAUCGUCUCCUCUUCAUCGUCUGUCUCUUCUCAGUCCUUCAACCGCCGGCGCACCGGUGCUUUCCCUUCUCCGGCACCGGAUGAAUCAGUCGGCACUCGAUCGCCAUAACAGCCGAAAGGAAUAAGCUUGCGGCGAAGCAGCGGUUUCUCCUAGGUCAUGGAGUCUAUGUAUCAGCCGAUUAUUCCGGGAUUGCCAGAUGACUUGGCCCUGUACUGUUUGGCAAGGCUGUCCCACGGGCACCAUGGGCUUCUGGAGACCGUCUCGAAGAGGUGGAGAGAUGUGGUGCGAAGUGAUGAGUACUCCAACUUUAAAGCUCGAGAAGGUUGGUGUGGGGAUUGGCUGUUCGUUCUCACCGAAGGGAUGCGUAAUCAAUGGGUCGCCUAUGAUCCUGAGGCUGAUCGCUGGCACCCUGUACCGCUAAACCCGAGAAAGCACUUGCCUGACAGGUGGCCGUUGGGGUUUUCCUGUGUAUGUGUAAAUAAUAAGUUUCUUGUUAUCGGGGGCUCCUAUGAACUGUGGCACCCUCGUGAAUGUUCAUUUAUUUCAAAAGAAGUGGUCCAGUUUGAUCCUUUUAAGAAGGAAUGGAGUUCAGCUGCGAGUAUGCGAACCCCACGAUCGCACUUUGCAUGCUGCAUCAUAGAUGGCAAGAUUUAUGUGGCGGGGGGCCGGAAUUCGGAUUAUCCAAAAGGAAUCACGCUUGCAGAAGUUUAUGAUCCAUUGACUGACAGUUGGGAGGAUUUACCGCCAAUGCCAAUUCCACUGAUGGACUGUAUAGGCAUAGCAUAUAAAGGCAACUUUCAUGUUCUCAGCGACACUCUGGGCCUUCAGGACCGAAACCCAACUGAAGUCUUUGACCCAUCGAACAGAAAGUGGUGCAUAAAGCAUGAUAAUUGGCCCUUUUCAAGGGCGAGCCAAGUUUCAGUUCAGGUGACCAAAGAUGAUCGACUUUACACAGUGGAAGACUGGGGCGAGAGCAUAGUUAAGACGAGAGAUGCCGAAAAGGAGGAAUGGGACAGUGUUGGGAAAGUCCCCCCUGUAUUUGUUUCCAACCAUUCUCGACCGCUCGAGGCCUUCGAUUACGGGUUUGCUGCACUGGGACAUGAACUGUAUGUGGUAGGGGGGAAGGUGCUUAAGUGGGAAGAAUUGGGAGUUGGGAGGUUUGAGAUAGUUAAGUUGGACCGAGUAAGGGUUUGUGACCCAACGUGCUCGCCAUUGAGCUGGCGGGAGACCAGACCAAUGUGUCUGACCUCAUCAGGUUCUAUCCUGGGGUGUACUUCCCUUAAAGAAACGUCCCCGAAGAGAGUUACUGAUCAAUAAGUAGAGCUUCAUGACCUGUUCCUUUCUUGUUAAAGAUGAUACAUAAGAUGAGAUCUUCGCUGUGUUCUUCCAUAUUCAUAUCUUGUGUAAGUUUGAUAUUCUAGACGUUAUAUAAUUGCUUUGUCUCCAUAUCC